CCUUCUGCACCCUCUCUGGCUCUCUCUCGCCCUCUUUCUCGACCUCUUUCUCACCCUCGCUCUCGCUCGCCGCCUUGCCCUCGUCCUCGCUCUCUCGCUGUCGCUUGCUCGCUCUCUCGCUCUCGCUCGCGGUUCGCCCUCGCCUCUUGGUCGGUAGCUGGGGAGGUCGCAUCUGUGGCUACUGGAUCUGGCUCUCUAACUCUUGCUCUCGCUGGGUGACUGGGUCGCUCGCCUCUCUGCAUUGCCAUUGGGACACUUUGGUUCAAUCUUUUGAGGCAGGCAGUGGCCACUGGCCAAUGGGCUUCCCUUCGUACUCUAGAGACCAAGAGACUAGAGACCUUGACAUAUUAUGAAUGGCUUGGAGAGAGGUUGGAAGAAAGGGCAUUCAUGCUGGUCUUACCAGAGCUUUGACUUCCACAACAUCUAGAGAUGCACUGGUGUCAUUAUCUUCACGUGCCUUUGAAGACAAGGCAAAAGCAUUUUUUGCUUCAGUCAGAAAUGUACAAGAAUUUCGUACCUGUCCAGCUUCACGGGGUGCUGCUAAUUGCAAGUUCUUAAUCAAGCAACCCUUAAUACGGCAUUUCCAUGCGAGCCUGGAGCUAUUAGGUAGAAGAAAUGAUGAGCUGCCUGGUUUGAAGCCACCCAACAAAGGGAAGUUUGUAAAAAGAGGCAAUAGGUGCCAACCACCUGUUGAAGCUCCUUAUAUUCCUCCCAAAUUAAAAAGACCUUCCAAAUCCCAGCCUGAUAGGACAAUUGAGAUAUUUGAAGGCAUGACUAUCGCAGAGCUUGCCAAGCGUACUGGUGAAUCUAUUCCUAUCUUGCAGGAUAUUCUUGUAAAUGUUGGGGAGAAGGUUGAUUCAGAGUUUGAUCCUCUUGGCAUAGAUAUUGCUGAGCUGGUUGCGAUGGAAGUUGGGGUCAAUGUUCGGAGGAUGCACUCCAAUGAAGGUGCUGAAGUUCUACAGCGGCCUGCUGUUGUGACAGUCAUGGGACAUGUUGAUCAUGGUAAAACUUCUCUGUUGGAUGCUCUACGUCAAACAUCAGUGGCUGCGAAGGAAGCUGGAGGCAUAACUCAACAUCUAGGGGCAUUUGUUGUUGGCAUGCCUUCAGGAGCAUCAAUCACUUUCCUAGAUACACCUGGUCAUGCUGCAUUCAGUGCAAUGCGAGCAAGAGGUGCUGCAGUAACAGAUAUUGUUGUUUUAGUCGUUGCUGCUGAUGAUGGAGUUAUGCCCCAAACACUUGAAGCAAUGUCCCAUGCAAAAGCAGCUGAGGUACCAAUUGUUGUUGCAAUUAAUAAAUGUGAUAAACCAGCUGCAGACCCAGAAAGAGUUAGAGUGCAGCUUGCUUCAGAGGGCUUGCCUCUAGAGGAAAUGGGUGGAGAUGUUCAGGUUGUUGAAGUUUCUGCAGUGAAUAAAACUGGACUGGAUAAGUUGGAGGAGGCUUUGCUCCUUCAGGCCGAGUUAAUGGAUCUAAAAGCACGUGUUGAUGGUCCUGCUCAAGCUUAUGUAGUUGAAGCAAGACUAGACAGAGGACGUGGUCCUUUGGCCACUGCAAUAGUGAAAGUAGGGACCCUAGUUUGUGGACAGCAUGUUGUUGUGGGUGCAGAGUGGGGAAGAAUAAGAGCGAUUAAGGAAAUGGUAGGAAAAUUGACUGAUAGGGCUAAGCCUGCAAUGCCUGUGGAGAUUGAAGGGCUGAGGGGACUUCCAAUGGCUGGUGAUGAUGCCAUUGUUGUGGAGUCUGAAGAGAGAGCUAGGAUGCUUAGUGCAGGUAGGAAAAAGAAACUUGAGAAAGACAGGCUGAUGAAGAUUAGUGAGGAGAAGACAGAAAUGCCAGAUCCAUCAGAAGAGGAGUCUAAGAGGGUCGAAAUGCCAUUUAUAGUAAAAGCAGAUGUACAGGGCUCCGUCCAAGCUGUCACAGAUGCAUUAAAGAGUUUAAAUAGUCCUCAGGUCUUUGUGAAUGUUGUCCAUGUCGGUGUUGGUCCUAUUUCUCAAUCUGAUGUGGACUUAGCACAAGCCUGUGGUGCAUGCAUAGUUGGAUUCAAUGUGCGGAAUCCACCCAGUUCUGUCAGUCAGGCUGCAACUCGAGCUUGUAUAAAGAUACAAUUGCAUCGAGUGAUCUAUCACCUGUUGGAGGACGUUGGCAAUCUGAUUGUAGAGAAGGCCCCGGGAACUUUUGAGACUCAGGUAGCUGGAGAGGCCCAGGUGUUGAACAUUUUCGAGAUCAAAGGAAGGAGCAAAGCCAAGGGAGAGGAUGUGAAGAUUGCUGGCUGUAAGGUGAUAGAUGGGUCUGUCACCAAGUCUUCAACAUUGAGGCUUCUGAGGAGCGGGGAGAUUGUGUUUGAAGGAUGUUGUGUGUCCCUGAAGAGGGAGAAGCAGGAUGUCGACACUGUUGGGAAAGGGAACGAGUGUGGACUCGUUAUUCGGGAUUGCUUUGAUUUCCAAAUUGGAGAUGUUAUCCAAUGCUUGGCGCAAGUCAACAGGAAACCAAAGUUCAUUUCUUCCCAGAGUGGGGCUGUUCGAAUUGAGUGCUGAUAUAUAGUAAUUUUGUUAUUAAUAUUAAGGUAAGGUUCAGAUACCUUAUUUUAUGUUGCAGUUUUGUUAGGUUAGUUCAAAGUUAUUAUCCAACAAAGCCUUCAUGAUCUUGCUACUUGUGUCGAAUACCAGAACAGCAAAGUCCUUACACUGUUGAAUUCACAAUUUAUAGAGUCAUCUUAUAAGUAGAUCAUGUUUGAAUGAUACACGAGAAACUGUAAAUUUUAACUGUUCAUUUUAGUUUGAUGGCAUUAUUGAAGUAUUUAAUUUGUUUUGGAA